AUGGUCACCUUCUCCCUGCCGCCCGAGGACGGGGCCGACGGGGCCGGCAGCACGCCGAGGCGCCAGACGCCGUUGCCAUUUGCGAAGCGAAACUAUACCGCUUCUCCCUACACCGGCAACGCCGGCCGAUGGAACGGAACGCCUCACGCCUCGUCGCUCAAGCGUUUGAUGCCACGCGACGACGUCCCUUCGAGCAGCCUAAGCGGCGGCGGUGCAGCCACGUCGCGGAACAUUUUCCGGUCGUCCAACUUUCAAGAGAGCGCGACCAAGCACUUUGCCCCGAAGCUACCCACGGGUACCAUGAAGAAGGUGUUCGCUCCCGGGGCCACGCCCGAGCCGUCGCGGUUCCACGACGACUCAGCCUUUCAAGCGACGCCGCGCGCCGCCGCCGCCAAGGUCGCCGACAAGGAGCUCUUCGAACUGCGCAUCGCCUCCCCCCCCACCGACUUGACCGGUCAAGUGUUGGCCGACAAGGUUCCCAAGGACUGGGACGGCAAGGGCUCCAUCUACGCGGACCAGUACCUCGCCCAUCUUUGCCCCCCCGGCCUCGACGAGGAGCAGCGACGGCAGUACUUUUGCAUCCUCGAUCUUCGGCGGCUCAAGUACGCGGCCAACGAAAUCUUCGCCAGCAAGACGUGGAAGCUGAACAUGAUCAACUUUGCCAAGGAGUUCGAGAAGAGCCGCAGCAUCAUACUCCUGCGCUACGGCCUGUACGAAUUUCAAACCGUCAAGCCGUCGAGGGACGUGCUCAAGAAAUGGCGGCGCCAGCACGGUCUUCCCGACCCCGAAGAAGACGAGGUCGAGCAGAGCCCGUCCAAGAAGGCGACGACGAAGAAGCGCAAGGCCGACGAUGACAUGACGAGAGAUUCCGCCGCCGCCAACGGCUCGGGCGCCAAGGGCAAGCGCAGGGCCACCCAUCGAGACGAGGAAGGGGACGAAGACGACGAGGCGCCUGCCGUCUCGACUCCUGCGUCGAGCAAGAACAAGAGAAAGGCCGGCGCGAGCGACGAACAGCCGGCCAAGAUGGCCAAGUCCACUCCGUCGUCGGCCAAGGCGCUGUUCGAGAAGAUUGCCAACAAGCCCACGUCGGCCCCGGCCCCGGCCCCGGCCCCGGCCCCGGCGCUCGCCUUCCCCGCCGCCUCCAAGUCGGGUCACUUGACGGCGCACAAGCCCGGGUCUCACAGCCUUGCCCGCUCCGUCUUUGCGAACCUCAAAUCGCAGAGCCUUCAGGUCCCUCGGGCCACGCCAGCCGGAGGCAACAUCUUUGGCUACCUGUCGGAUGCGAGCUCGGCCAAGAACAGCGGCGUCGAUGCCGAUGCCGAGAGCGAGAGCGAAACCGGAUCCGACGGAGAUGAGAGCCCCGACGCCGGCCAGAGUGACGAGCCGAGCGUCGCUGCCGAAACCGCCUCCCGGGCCGGAUCCGUUCUCUUCCAGGAGAAGCCUGCCCCCACGGGAGGUUUCGGCGCCGCCAGCGCCGAUAGCAGAGAGGGCACGCCGGCACGCAGCCUCUUCGAGCGCGUGACAACGGGCAGCGAUGGUCAGCCGCUUCGUGUCGAGGAAGAGGGCGGCGAAUUCCCACCCGGCAAGGCUGCCGCCGCCGCCGAUCAGACGUGGAACCCGAGCAAGACUCCCAUCAAGUUUGCGCCGUCGGCACCUCCGGCCCAGAAGAGUUUGCUGUUCGGCAACCAACCGUCCGUUCUCGGAGGUGCCGUCUUCGCGCCCAAGAGCGCACCGUCCAACAUUUUCGGCGCCGCCAAGGAAGGCCUCCCCUCGGCAGAGCAAGCGCCCCCGGUGGCCGGUGGGAACGACGGGGGCAAGGAUGGCGGCGAAUCGGACAAGGAGAACGAGUCGCAGCCCUCCAAGAAGUCUCUGCUCGAACCCAAGGCCCCCGCGGCGUCGUCGACCGUCGCUUCGUCGCUCUUCGCGCCGAAGCCGGCCGAAGCCGAAGCAGGCAAGAAGCCGGCCGAGGCUCCAACGGCUUCCCCCAGCCUCCUCGGCGCCGCCGCGAAGCCUGAUUCUACGCCCGAGACGGCCACGGCAAGCAGCAGCUUGUUCGGCACGUCGAGCCAGACGCCGUCGGCGGCCCCUGCGGCACCCGCCGUGCCGUCUUCCCUGUUCGGACAACAAAAGCCGGCGCCGUCGGAGAAGCCUGCCGAGUCCGAGGCGCCGAAAGCAUCGCCCUUGUUCGGAGGCCAGAGCACCACGUCUGCUCUCGGAGGUGCCGGCGCGGCAACCUCGUUGUUCGGAGCCAAACCUGCGACGGCCGCCGUCACCGGACUUGGCGGCGCCGGCCCGACGUCGUCCUUGUUCGGCAACGCGUCCACGGCCUUUGGCAGCAACUCGACCGGCCUGGCCGCGGCCGGUGCCGCUCCUCCUGCCAGCGCAGAGGCUCCCGCCAAACCGCUGUUCAGCUUCGGAAGUGCACCCGCCGCCGGCGACGCAUCCAGCACCCAAAAAGCCGUUGGGCCGCCAAGCGGCAUGACGAGCAACCUCUUCGGCGGCAGCCCCAUGAAGCAGGACGAGCCGUCCCCCGCCAAGAAGCCUGCGAUGGGAAGCGGCAGCGCAGGGUCCUCGGCGCCGCUCUUCAGCUUCUCGAGCUUGCAAGCGCCCGGUGCCGGUCCUGCGAGCACGCAAGGGCCGGCUGGAGCGACGCCCGCGACGGCGAGCAGCCCUGCUCUCUCCGGCAUGGCCUUUGGCGGUGCCGCGGGGUCCUCGUCGAACGCGGCUCCCGGCGGUUUCAACUUUAGCUUUGGCGGCGGCAGCGCCGGAGCGUCGUCUGGGGGGGCGACGUCGGCUUUCCACAAUCCCUUUGCGAGCAACGCGGCCGGUGCGUCCGGGGCGUCGACCGGCGCACCCUUCAACUUUGCCGCGUCCUCGUCCAGCCCUGCGCCGUUCAGCUUCGGCGGCGCGGCGGCAAACCCUCCGGCGGCGGCGCCUUCGGCCGGCGCCGUCUUCGGGGCCGGCAGCUCGACGGCCGUCUUCACCGGGGCGCCGUCGUCGGGCGGCCCGCCGAGCUUCAACUUCGUGGGCGCCCCGUCACAGCCGCCCCAGGCCCCUGGCUCCGUUUUCGGCUCCAACCAGGCAGCACUCCAGCUUCCUGCGGGUGGAUCGUCGACCACCGGGACCAACUCGCCCUUGAACCUCGGAGGCGGCUCGAGCUUGGCCACUACACCCGCCGCUUUGACGCCGGAGCCGGCGGACGGGGAUGGCGAGGAGGGCGAGAAGCACGAGCAGAUCAACCUCACGGAUGGGCUGGACGCGGACGAAGAGGUGCUUCACGAGGUGCGAGCCAAGGUUCUCCAGUUUGUGCCGCCGAGCGACAAGUCGGACAAGGACGAGGAGUCGGACAAGGACAAGGACAAGGACAAGGACAAGGCUAAGUCCAAGAGUCCCUGGUCCACCAAGGGGAUCGGAAAUCUGCGGUUGCUGAAGCACAAGGAGUCGGGCGUCGUCCGGCUGCUCCUCCGGACCGAGCCGCGGGGCCACGUCGCCUUCAACCGGGCGCUGCUGCCCAACAGGCCGUACAAGGCGGACGCUAAGUACGUGAAGCUCAUGACGUCGAACGAGAAGGGCGACGGGCUGGAAACGUGGAUGGUGCAAGUCAAGACGAACGAGCUCGCCAAGGAGCUCGCCAAGGCGUUGGAGGAGAACAAGGAGGCGAACAAGGAGGCGAACAAGUAG